CUGCCCCAUGGGUGCUGAUGUCCCCUCCCUUCACCAGCAGAGGGCGCUGUGUGCCAUCGCCACCCUAGGGAGCGCCGACCUCCUUCCCCAGGAGCACAUCCUCCUCUGCACCCGGCCGUGGCUGCAGGAGCUCAGCAUGUGCAGCCCGGGACCUGUGACCAACAAGGCCAUCAAGAUCCUGAGGCACUUUGAGGCCUCCUGUGGGCAGCUGCCCCCUGCCCGGGGCACCUCAGCAGAGCCUGGCCCCACAGCCGCCCUCCCAGGCCCAUCUGACCUGCUGACCGACGCUGUGCCUCUCGCUGGGAGCCAGGUCUUCCUCCAGCCUCUGAGUUCAACCGCAGUCUCGCCCCGGAGCCCUGCUCCCUCACCUGGGAUGCCGUCCAGCCCUCUGCCCACCCCACCCUCAGAUGCCUUCCCCAUUCCAGCCCCCGAAGACCCCAGCGAGGCUGAGGCCAGACUGGCAGAAAGCAGGGGGUGGGGACCUGAACCGGUCCUAGUGGGCAUGGACAGCCCAAAGAGAGGCCCUAGCAGCUGUGCAUGGAGCUGUGACUCCUUGUUUGCUGGCAUGCAGCUGGUGGCCUGUCCCCGCCUGGUGGGGGCCAGGGCUGCUGCAGGAGAGUCCUAUCCCGAUGCUCCCCGCACCCCCCGAACAUCGUCCCGGAGGACAGCAGCCAAAGAGCCUCCUGGCUCAGAGCCGUCAGCUUUCACGUUCCUGAACGCCUGACCCGAUGGCCUGGCCCUGGAGUCUUCAGAUUCAGCUGCUGCCUGGGGUGGUCUGUGCUUCCUGAGCAGCCUCAACCAUAGCUGCUACAGUCUCCAGGCAACUUGACUUGAGAGGAGGACCCUAGGGCUACCUCAGUUUCCCCCAUCUCCUCUGCCAGAGGCUCUGCCUAUUUGGACUUGAAUCCCUACAAGGGAUAGGCAGGUGGCAGGGCUUCAGAAAUGUUGAUCUCAGGGCUCCCAGGGGGCAGCCCCUGCCUGUCUUGCCCUCAGACAUGAGGUUUCUUGUGUGAAUGCGGAAGCAAUUACCAGGUUCUUUAUUUCAUUUUGAUCUCAGCUGCCUCCUUCCCCAGGAGGUCAUGAGCAGCAACAAGCCACCACCUCCCCUUCCCAUCGGGGUGGGCUAGGUGCUGAGGCUGGGUUUGGUGCACGUGGGUUGAGGGUGUCUUGUCCGGGCUGCCUUGUGCUGUCUGGCUUGAGGCCAUUUCAAGUUUCAGAUCCCCACGUGAUCCUUCCCUGGCUCUCACCUGCUCCUUUAUGCUGUAAUUGCUUCCUACACAUGAAGCCUCUGAUUGGAGCCUCUGGUCCAUCUUGGAAAAACCUUCUGAGAGCACUGGGGUUUAUGCUUUCUGAA